GUGCCAGCGCGGGGUGCUAGAGCGAGUGGCCGGGGGCCCGGGCUUGGCCUGGGAGCCAUGGGGCAUCAUGACCGCAUGUUCAAAGUGCUGAUCGUGGGCGACGUCACGGUGGGGAAGACGUCGCUGGUGCAGCGCUACGCCAACGACAGCUUCAACAAGCACUACAAGUCCACCGUGGGAGUGGAUUUCGCUCUGAAGGUGGUGCAGUGGUCAGAGUCUGAGAUCAUACGACUUCAGCUUUGGGACAUUGCAGGACAGGAGCGCUUUACGUCCAUGACCCGGCUGUACUACAGAGAGGCAUCAGCUUGUGUGAUCAUGUUUGAUGUCACCAACACCAGCACAUUCAAGAACAGCCAGAAGUGGAAGCAAGAUUUGGACAGCAAGCUCACUUUGCCAAAUGGGAGCCCUGUGCCUUGCUUACUGCUGGCCAAUAAAAGUGACCUUUCCCCCUGGGCAGUGACCAGGGAAGAAAUAGAUCAGUUCAGCAAGGAGAAUGGCUUCUCUGGCUGGAUUGAAACAUCUGUCAAGGAAAACAAGAAUAUUAAUGAGUCUAUGAGGGUUCUGGUGGAAAAGAUGAUAUUGUCAUCCACAGGUGAUAGAGACUCCUCCGUUUCUGGCCAGGGGGAUUAUAUUAAUCUAAAGGGUGCCUCCUCACCUGGUUGGGCUUGUUGCUAGUUGCACUUUCUUCUCUGUCUGCUUCAAACCCAAUGGGAAUCUUUCUUCAUUCCCCAUACACUUUUUUUAUUCAGCAUUGGCCUUUUUUACAUGAUCUUCCAUUAUUUCCUGUUCACUGCAUGCUCAUAUUCAAUAAAGCAUUGCUUGCAG